AUGGAAGGAGCACUCGAUAUGUCGGUUCGCAAGCAGUUGGCUCACGAGUUUGAUGGAGAUCUAGGUAAGGUUGAAGACAUCCUGCCAUGCACGCCGUUUCAACGGGACGUGGUGGCAUGGAGUGCGAGCAAACAGCAGGAGGCAGUCGGCCAUGUCCUCCUUGAGAUUACUAACAACACCGAUAUCGAGCGCUUGGCCGCAGCAUGGAAGAAGGUGCAUCACCUGAUUCCAGCCUUCCGCACUUGCGUAUUCACGUCCUCCUCUGGAGAUUGCUUCCAAGCAAUCUUGUCCGAGGCGAUGGUUUGGAAACACGUCAAGACUUCGGACCUUGAUAAAGUCGUUGAGGAGGAGAAAGCCGCCGCUAUCGACGAAUCCCAGUGGAACAGGUUCGCGGUAGUCGUGUCAUCUGACGGGAAGCGGCGCAACUUGGUUUGGACAUUUAGCUACGCGAACUUCGACAACUCCUUGCAGGAGCGCAUCCUGGACAUGGUGCAUACCGCCUAUAUCGGUGGAGAGCUCCAGCCCUCUGGGGGACUGAAGACGAUGGUCGAGUCGCUCGGUAAGAACUCUGAAAGGGCGGCGCGAUUCUGGCAACAACGGUUUGACGGCUUCAACGCCGCUGUCUUUCCCGCACUGUCGUCUGUCAAGGUUGUGCCUCAGCCGGAUGCUCGCGCCCAGCACGAAUUCUCGUGCAUCACUGGUCCGCACCAGAAAUGGCCAAGCACAGUGAUUUGUCGAGCCGCUCUUGUAGCGCUUCUCUCGCGCUACACUCACAAUGAAGAUGUGCUUUUCGGCGCUAUAACAGAGCGGCCUCCUGUGCUUGACGGGUCAGAGCAACUAGUUGACGGUCCCACUAGAGCGCUAGUGCCUGUCUGCACGCGACUUUUGCCUGAAAUGAGUAUUUCGCACUUGAUGGAUGCAGUCGCCGAGAACCACACUGCUGUACACGAGUUUGAGCAGACUGGCCUCCGACCUCUUGCCAAUGUUGAAGGCGAAGAAUCGGCGGCCGGUGCAUUUCAAAUUAUACUGGCAGUGACUGCUCCCGGUAUUACUCAUGCGUCAAGUUCCGCCCUAUAUCGCCCUACAGUCACUCCGGAUAGGUUCGCACCUUAUGUCAACCGCGCCAUUUUGAUCCAUUGCCACAUGUCCCAGGCUUGGGCAUCAUUGUCAACUCGAUACGAUCCGAGGGUCAUCGAUACUCCUCAAAUCAACCGGUUCCUUACACAGCUAGGGGCUUUGAUUCAGUGCUUUUCCAAUCCCGAGGUCGACGUACCUGUAAGGUCACUGGACAUGGUCACCCCAGAAGACCGCGCAGAAAUUAACUCUUGGAAUUCGACCCAACCUCAGCCCCGCGAAGUCUGCAUCCACGACGUAAUCUCUCGAUUUUCGACCGAUACUCCUCAGAAACACGCUGUAUCUGCCUGGGAUGGCCAGUGGACAUACGCUGAACUUGAAAAUUUGUCGUCUCGUCUCGCGGUAUACAUCCUAUCUCUCAAUUUGGAUAUGGGACGGGCGGUACCCUUAUGCUUCAACAAGUCCAAAUGGACGGUUCUUGGGAUGCUCGCAGUCCUCAAGGCUGGUGGCGCAUUCACCCUCAUCGACCCCUCCCUUCCAGCAGCCAGGAUCGUCAGCAUAUGUCAGCAAAGUCAGUCCAAGAUCGCGCUGGUUCCUAAGGUUCACCUUGAUACUAUGCGUACCGCCAUAGGUUAUUGCAUUGCUGUUAACGACGACCUGAUACAGUCCCUUCCUCGUGACGAGACUCGGCUUAAACCCGUCGCAAAGCCGAACGAUCUGGCGUACAUCCUGUUCACCUCCGGUAGUACGGGAGAACCCAAAGGAUGUAUGAUCGAGCACCGAGGAUGGGCUUCGUGUGCUCUUGAAUGGGGCCCUGCACUUGGGAUCAAUCAGAGUACCCGUGCGAUGCAGUUCGCAUCGUACAGUUUUGGUGCUUCCCUAAUCGAGACCCUAGCUCCUCUAAUGCUUGGCGGUUGCGUCUGCAUUCCUUCCGACGAUGAGCGUAUGAAUGAUCUUCCAGGCUUCAUGAAGCGAGCGCAUGUGAACUGGGCAUUCUUUACUCCUUCGUUCGCUGGGACGUUCCAUCCAGACAGUGUUCCCGGGCUUCAAACUCUGGUGCUGGGUGGCGAACAAAUGUCGGAAGACGUCAAGAACACCUGGGCUCCACGAGUUCGGCUUUUCCACGCCUAUGGCCAAAGUGAAAGCUCGAGUAUUUGCACGUACACUCCGCUUAGCGAAAACACCACUCAGGUGAACAACAUCGGCCGGGGAAUUGGUGCGCGACUCUGGAUUACAGACCCUGAUGACGUAAACAAGCUUGCCCCUAUUGGCGGCAUCGGCGAACUCGUGGUAGAAAGUCCCGGAAUCGUGCGAUCGUACCUGAACCCGUCAGCCGGCGACGCGAAAUCUUUCCCUGACCUCACACCCACGUGGUACCCUGGACGACAGGUGAAUGAGCCAAUCAGAUUCUGUAGGACUGGAGAUCUUGUCCGUUACAGAACCGAUGGGAGUAUCGUAAUCUUGGGGCGAAAGGACUUUCAGGUGAAGGUCCGUGGGCAACGUGUAGAGCUUGGCGAGGUCGAGGCACAUCUGCGGAAGCAGUUGCCGAACUACAUCUCCGCUGUUGAGGCUAUUAAACGACCCAAUAGGCCAAACAACACUAUUCUUGUUGCAUUUGUCUCUGGACCGCGCCGACAUGAAGACAGUACGCUUUUUGGAACGUCGACGGCGAAGACGUUCGUCUUCGACGACAGUGCUUCAAAGCGCAUUGUGGCGAAGCUGAUGGAGAGCUUGCCCCGGUACUCGGUUCCAUCCUACUUCAUCCGCACAAAGGAAAUGCCAAAAAUUCCAACGGGGAAAAUAAAUCGAAGAAAGCUUAGAGAGAUUGGCACGAAUAUGUUGCAGGAGACAAACGGAAUCGUCACCUGGCCAGCUGAAGGCCAAGUCGCUCCCGCAGACGAGACAAUCAACACACUGCGUCGACUGUGGUCUCAAACUCUAGACCUGGAUAUUGGUUCGAUAGACUCCGAGACUAGCUUCUUCCGGCUUGGAGGUGACUCGAUUGCAGCGAUAAAGAUGGUCAACAAGGCCAAGCUAUUGGGCCUGGCGAUGAACGUGGGCGACAUCUUCCAGAGUGCCAACAUCCGUGAUCUUGCGGCGAGGAUCCGACCAGUCUUCAGUUUAGACCGUGCCAUCACCUCUACGGCCUAUAGUGGGCCUGUAGAGCAGUCAUUCGCGCAGGGCCGUCUCUGGUUCCUCGACCGUCUCAAUCUCGGAGCGGCCUGGUACCUCAUGCCCUUUGCAUCUCGCCUUCGGGGACCACUCAAUACUAAGGCACUCGCUGCCGCGCUUCAAGCACUUGAGGAGCGACAUGAGACAUUGAGGACAACGUUCGAAGACGAUAGAGGCGUAGGCAUACAAGUGGUCCACCCGCACCGUCCACAGGAACUCCACAUAAUUGAUGUCUCUUCAUACAGAGAAGCUGAGGUUCUUGAGGCAGUGAAGGCAGAGCAGACGAAGCCUUUUGAUCUCACCUCGGAGCCGGGAUGGAGGGUUCGCUUGUUCCAGGUCGGUGAAAGUGACCACAUCUUGUCUGUCAUGAUGCAUCAUAUCAUCUCUGAUGGUUGGUCAGUUGAUGUCCUACGUCGAGAGCUGUACGAUUUUUACGCUGCGGCAUUAAGCAGCAAGGAGCCACCGUCUCCAGUUACACCUCUCCCAAUUCAAUACCGUGACUUCGCAGUAUGGCAACGACAAGCAGACCAGGUUGCAGAGCAUAAGAGACAGCUUGAUUAUUGGACUAAGAAGCUUGCCGAUAGUACACCAGCAGAGCUUUUAUGCGACCGACCGAGACCUAAAGUACAAUCUGGCAAGGCUGGAGUUGUCCCUGUUGCUGUUGAAGGGUCGCUGUAUGUGCGACUUCAGGCCUACUGCCGCGCUCAGCACGUGACUCCCUUCGUCGUGCUAUUAGCAGCCUUCCGCGCUACCCACUAUAGACUUACUGGUACUGAAGACGCUACUAUUGCCACCCCUACUGCCAACCGUAGCCAGGCAGAGCUCGAACAGUUGAUUGGCUUCUUUGUCAAUACCCAGUGCAUGCGCAUCACUGCGACCACUAACGACACAUUCGAUGACCUGGUCCGGCAGGUCCGUCAGACGACGACGGAAGCUUUCGCCAAUCAAGAUGUACCUUUUGAGCAGCUCGUGUCGGCGCUACUACCCGGAUCACGAGAUACCUCACGUAACCCAUUAGUUCAGCUCAUGUUCGCUAUCCAUUCACAGCGACGCCUUGGCCAGCUUCACCUUGAAGGUGUGCAGGACGAAGCCUUGUUUCUUUCACCAACCACCCGACUCGAUAUAGAAUUCCACAUGUUCCAGAUAGAUGACAGCCUAAGCGGACAUGUCCUCUACGCACUCGAUUUGUUCGAAGCUGAGACGAUAAACGGGAUGCUUUCUGUCUUCUACGAGAUUCUUCAACGAGGUCUUGCGGAGCCACAAGGGCUCAUAGCCACCCUUCCGCUGACAGACGGGCUUCCGCAGCUUCGUCAGCAAGGUCUGCUCGAUAUGGAGCAGACACAGUAUCCCCGCGAAUCAAGCAUUGUCGACGUCUUCCACGACCAAGUAGCCACUUGUCCAGAAGCUAUAGCAGUCAAAGACUCUUCGACCAAGCUCACAUAUGUGGAGCUCGAUCAGAAAUCAAACGAACUGUCUAGCUGGCUGCGGCGACGAAAGAUGGCACCUGAGACUCUAGUCGCCGUGUUAGCACCGCGCUCCUGCCAGGCUGUCAUUGCCCUCCUUGCCAUCCUCAAGGCCAACCUUGCAUACCUGCCGCUCGAUGUCCAGGUACCUGCAGCCCGUAUCGAAGCUAUUUUGUCCGCUAUCCCGGGACAGAAGUUAGUCUUGCUGGGCGCUGACGUCUCGGCCCCCGAGGUUCAUGUUGAAGAAGUUGAGAUGCUACCCAUUGCUGCCGGAUUUGGCCAUUCAUACCAGAAUGAUACUGUCAAGCAGGAUAGCCCGUCUGCAACUAGCCUUGCAUACGCAGUCUUUACUUCUGGAUCGACGGGCAAGCCAAAAGGUGUCAUGAUUGAGCAUCGGGGUAUUAUACGAUUGAUGAAGAACAGUACACUUUCACGUACUAUCCCUUCCAACAUCCAAAUGGCCCACCUGUCAAACAUGGCCUUCGACGCAUCUCUCUGGGAGAUCUUCAUUGCGAUUCUGAACGGCGGAACGGCGAUUUGCAUCAACCACGCGACGACAAUGAACAUCGAAGCCCUUGGAGAUCUGUUCGUGCGUGAGGACGUUCACGCCGCCGUACUUUCUCCAGCGCUCUUGAAGCAGUGCUUGGCUUAUGCACCGAAGAUGCUUGCCAAAUUGGACAGCCUGUAUAUCGCCGGAGACCGACUUGAUCGUGUAGAUGCUGUGGCCGCCCUCGCACUCGUACGAAAUGGUGUCUAUAACGCUUACGGGCCGACAGAGAACAGUAUUCAAAGCACGAUGUUCAAGAUAAAGAAGGAUGAGAGAUUUGCUAAUGGUGUGCCGGUCGGUCGCGCUGUUAGUAAUUCCGGGGCCUACGUGAUGGACACCAAGCAGCAGCUUGUCCCUAUUGGGGUCAUGGGCGAGUUGGUGGUAGCGGGUGACGGUCUUGCUCGCGGAUACACAGACUCGGCACUAGACGUCGGUCGGUUUGUGAAUAUCAACGUUGACGGUUGCAUGGUGCGCGCGUACCGUACAGGCGAUCGAGUUCGGUGCCGACAGGACGGUGAACUUGAGUUCUUCGGCCGUAUAGAUCACCAAGUCAAGAUUCGUGGCAACCGAGUUGAGCUAGCUGAAGUCGAGCACGUUAUACUCAAUCACGACAGUGUCAGUGAUGCCGCUGUUGUUCUCCGCCAGAAAGACAGUACAGAGCAGGAAAUGAUCGCAUUUGUCGUAGCUAAGGACGCCUCCCGCAUGGCUAACGGUACACUAGAAGAUACCAAAACCGAGGCGAAACUGGAACUAGAAAGGCAGGUGCACAGGCACUUGCAAAGGACACUACCAACAUACAUGAUUCCGGCACAGAUUGUCAUCCUGGAGCGCAUGCCAAUUAAUGCCAAUGGCAAGGUUGACAGAAAAGAGCUAAGCGCAAGAGCGCAGACAACCACGAGGAAGAGACUGACAGUGCAACAUGUAGCGCCUCGCAAUGAGACAGAGAGGGCGUUAUGUGAGGAGUUUGCAAGCGCUCUUGGAGUUGACGACGUCGGCGCCACUGACGACUUCUUUGAGCUUGGUGGACACUCUCUCACAGCGAUGAAGCUGGCCGCACAUGUCAGCCAGCGAUUCAAUACUACGGUCUCUGUCAGAGAUAUCUUCGACUAUCCUGUUCUCGCUAAUCUUGCGACUACUCUACGGCAAGACUUGAAGCAAUACCAGUCUAUUCUGGCUACAGAAUACCGUGAACCGGUCGAGCAGUCAUUUGAGCAAGGUCGUUUGUGGUUCCUGGACCAGCUGAACGUAGGAUCCUUAUGGUAUCUAAUGCCGCUUGCGACGCGCAUCCGCGGAUCCCUCGACCGCGUCGCACUCAAUACUGCGCUUCAUGCUCUUGAGCAGCGACACGAAACGUUACGGACUACUUUUGAGGAGCACAACGGUGUCGGAAUGCAAGUAGUCCAGCCAUGGAGGCUAAAGAGCAUCAGGACCAUUGACAUAUCUACGUAUAACGACGACGAAGUCAGCAAAGCAUUGAAGAUUGAGCAGACGAGAUCUUUUGAUCUCAGCGUAGAGCCAGGAUGGAGGGUCUGCUUGUUCCAGCUCAGUGGAGACGAGUAUAUCCUGUCGAUCGUCAUGCACCACAUCGUCUCUGACGGGUGGUCGGUAGACGUGCUCCGCCAUGAGCUGGAUGUCUUCUACAGCGCGGCCCUCAAAGGGGAUGACCCGUUGUCGCAGAUCACGCCGCUCCCAAUCCAGUACCGUGAUUUUGCAGCGUGGCAGAAGCAACCAGAACAAGCAUUGGAGCAAGACAAGCAGCUUAAGUACUGGACCAAACAACUCGCCAAUAGUACGCCAGCAGAGUUUCUCUGUGACAAGCCAAGGCCCGAAGUUCUCUCAGGCGAGGCUGGUGUCGUUCCCUUCACGAUUGUCGGACCGCUGUAUGAGAGCCUUCAGGCGUAUUGUCUUGCUCAUCAAGUCACGUCUUUUGUCGUCCUACUGGCUGCCUUCCGCGCGACACACUAUAGGCUGACCGGUACCGACGAUGCUACCAUCGGUAUGCCUACAGCCAACAGGAAUCGACCGGAGCUUGAAAACUUGAUCGGCUUCUUCGUCAACACCCAGUGCAUCCGGACUGCUGUCACAUCUAAUCAGACAUUUGAAGGUCUAGUGCGACAGACUCGCGAUUCGGCAACAGAAGCGUUCGCUAACCAAGAUGUGCCUUUUGAGCAGCUUGUCUCAGCCCUGCUCCCAGGUUCGCGAGACACAUCGCGUAACCCACUUGUGCAGCUGUUAUUUGCAGUUCACACGCAGCGAGAUCUCGGUCGUCUACAAUUUGAAGGGUUGCAAGCCGAACUCAUAGAGAUGACGCCAACAAGUCGGCUGGACAUGGAGUUUCACUUCUUUCAGGAAGACGACUGUCUACAUGGUAGUCUGCUAUACUCGACUGAUAUCUUCGAACCUGAGACAGUUAAGGGACUAUUACUAGUCUUUAACGAGAUCCUCCGCCGCGGCCUCGAAGAAUCGGCAUUGCCAAUCGCUACUCUUCCGCUUACAGAUGGUCUUUCGGAGCUCCGCAGGCUCAACCUGCUCGACAUUGAGAAGACGCCAUAUCCGCGAGACUCAAGCAUUGUCGACGUCUUCCGUGAGCAGGUCGCUGUCUGCCCAGAGGCAAUGGCAAUCAAAGACUCUUCAUCUGAAUUGACGUAUUGUGAACUCGAUCGACAAUCAGAGAGGUUAGCCGCCUGGUUGUGCCAACGACGGAUGGCUCCUGAAACUCUAGUUGGUGUCCUUGCGCCUCGUUCCUGUCAUACGAUUGUUGCCUUUCUCGGUAUUCUCAAGGCGGGUCUUGCGUACUUGCCGCUCGACGUCAAUGUCCCUGUCGCGCGCACUGAAACGAUCCUUUCAGCUGUCGCUGGCCACAAGCUCGUCCUACUCGGGUCUAGCGUACAAUCUCCAGAGAUCGCGGUGCCGGAUGUUGAAAUGAUUACAAUCAGCGACACCUUGAAAUACUCAGACACCAACGUUGCUUCAAUCCGGAGAUCAUCGCCCUCUGCGACAAGUCUCGCAUAUGUCAUUUUCACAUCCGGCUCUACAGGCAAGCCGAAAGGCGUCCAGCUUGAACAUCGCAGCAUCGUCCGACUCAUACGGGACAGCAAUCUUGUUUCUAUGCUUCCGCCAUCGCCUCGUACCGCGCACCUGACAAAUAUCGCAUUUGACGUGUCCCUUGUCUCGAUCGGCGUUAUUGGCGAACUGGUCCUAACCGGAGACGGUCUGGCUCGAGGAUAUACCGACCUAGCUUUAGAUAUCAAUCGCUUCGUUGAUGUGACUAUUGACGGUCAGCUAGUCAAAGCGUAUCGCACAGGUGACCGAGUCCGCUUCCGACCACAAGAUGGUCAGAUUGAGUUCUUUGGUCGUAUCGAUCAGCAGGUCAAAAUCCGUGGCUACCGUGUUGAGCUAGCAGAAGUGGAGCACGCUAUGUUGAACCAUAGCGCUGUCAGCGACGCCGCCGUUGUUGUCUCCCAGCGAGAUGGUGCCGAGCAGGAACUUGUCGCAUUUGUUGUCUGCAGGGGUGCCAAAGAUUCAGAGCUCGAAAGACAGGUAAACAAACAUUUGCAGGCGGUGCUACCAGCGUACAUGGUCCCAACACAGAUCAUAGUACUCAGCCAAAUGCCCAUCAAUGCUAAUGGCAAGGUUGAUCGGAAAGAGCUAGGCAUUAUGGCACAGACAGCGGAAAGAAAGAGACGAGUCGUCAAACAUGUGGCCCCUUGCAAUGCGAUUGAAAGCGCAUUGUGUGAAGUAUUCGCAGGCAUUCUCGGAGUUGAAGUCGGUGCGACUGACGACUUCUUCGAGCUUGGUGGGCACUCUCUUACAGCGAUGAAGCUGGCUGCGCAGCUUGGCCGUCGGCUGAAAACUAUGGUGUCUGUCAGAGACAUCUUCAACAACCCUGUGCUCGCUGAUCUAGCGACUACUCUCCAACAAAACACAGAGCAACACCGCCCCAUCCCUCCUAGCAAGUACUCGUGGCCAGUAGAGCAAUCUUUCGCACAGGGCCGCUUGUGGUUCCUUGACCGGUUCAACCUGGGAUCAUUGUGGUACGUCGUCCCAUUAGUAACACGCUUACGCGGACCGCUCAACGUCGUUGCGAUGACUACGGCGCUUCAGACCUUGGAAAAACGUCACGAGACAUUGCGGACCACUUUCAAAGAGCAAGACGGUGUUGGUGUCCAAAUUAUUCAGCCAUACAGCUCUCGUGGUAUCCGGACGGUCGAUAUCUCGAACUACGAAGAGACGGACAUUGACAAACUACUGAAAGUGGAACAGACGAAGCCGUUUGACCUUACGACAGAGCCGGGAUGGAGGGUGUGUCUAUUCCGCGUCAGUAAGGAGGACCAUGUCUUGUCCAUCAUUAUGCACCACAUCGUCUCUGACGGUUGGUCAAUCGAUGUGCUUUGCCGCGAGCUGAAUGCAUUCUAUAGCGCUGCUCUGCGAGGUGAGCAGCCGGAUGUCCCACCGCUUCCAAUUCAAUAUCGCGACUUCGCGGUAUGGCAGAGACAAGAGCAGCAAAUGGUCCAGCAGCAGAAGCAGCUUGAGUACUGGACAAAGCAGCUCGUCGACAGUGCACCCGCAGAGCUCCUUUGCGACAAACCUAGACCUGAUUCAUUGUCUGGCAGGGCCGGCAUCGUCGCCGCUAUAGUUGAAGGCUCUUUGUAUCAAAGUCUGCAGUCAUAUUGUCGAGCUCACCAAGUGACACAUUUCGUCGUACUACUGGCAGCCUUCCGCGCUACUCACUUCAGGCUUACCGGGACAGAGGACGCUACUAUUGGCACACCAAUCGCAAAUAGGAACAGACCAGAGCUCGAGCACCUCGUCGGCUGCUUCGUCAAUACUCAACCCAUGCGUAUCACCAUCAACGACAACGAAUAUACGUUUGAAGACCUCGUACAGCAGGUCCGUGACACUGCUACAGAUGCUUUUGCCAACCAAGACGUACCUUUUGAACAGCUCGUGUCAGCCCUUCUACCAGGAUCCCGCGAUACCUCACGCAACCCACUGGUUCAACUCAUGUUCGCUGUCCACUCGCAGCGAAACCUCGGCCGCCUACGUCUAGAGGGUCUGGAAGGAGAGCUCGUAUCCUUGACACCGACUACACGCCUGGACAUGGAAUUCCACUUGUUCCAGGAAGAGAAUUGCUUUAAGGGCAGUGUGCUGUACGCUACGGAUCUUUUUGAGACAGAGUCAGUCAACGGAAUGCUCUCCGUCUUCUAUGAGAUUCUGCGCCGCUGUCUCGAAGAGCCAAAGUCGCCGAUUGCUACUUUGCCGCUUACGGACGGCUCGGAGCUUCGCGACCUGAGCCUGCUCGACAUUCCAAGGACAGAAUAUCCACGGGAAUCAAGCGUAGUUGAUGUCUUCCGCGACCAGGUGGCUGCUUAUCCAGAGACGAUUGCCGUCAAGGAUUCCAAUAGUGAGCUUACAUAUGCUGAGCUCGACCGCCAGUCCAGCAUGUUAGCCGCCUGGCUCUGCAAGCGAGAGAUGGCACCCGAAAGUCUCGUUGGCGUUAUAGCACCUCGUUCCUGUCAGACUAUCGUAGCCUACCUCGGUAUUCUCAAAGCUGGUCUGACGUUUCUGCCUCUCGAUAUCAAUGUCCCUGCCGCUCGUAUUGGGACCAUUUUGUCAGCUGUGCCGGGGCGCAAGUUGGUUCUCACUGGGCCAAACAUCUCUGUCUCUAGCUAUAACCUCCCCGACACUGAGAUGCUAUCGAUCGCGGACGCUUUGCAACACCCCAUCCGCAGCAGCCACAGUGAUGCGCUUGUUCACCCAUCUGCGACCAGUCUCGCGUAUGUCAUCUUCACCUCAGGCUCAACCGGUAAGCCGAAAGGUGUAAUGAUUGAGCAUCGGGGUAUUGUUCGACUUGUCAAGAGUAGCAAUGUCGGAGACAUGCUCCCAAGAGAGUUUCGCGUUGCCCACUUGAUGAAUAUUGCUUUUGAUCUAUCGAUCUGGGAGAUAUUCGCACCACUACUCAAUGGAGGAACGCUUGUCUGCAUCGACUACUUGACUAUCCUGGACAGCAAAGCUCUUGCCGACGCCUUUGUCAAGGAGCAAAUCCGUGUGGCUAUGCUGCCGAGUUUACUCGUCAAACAAUGUCUGGAUAGCUUCCCGGCGAGUAUCGCCGCUCUUGAUUAUUUGUAUGUGGGUGCUGAUCGGCUUGACGGCCGAGACGCUAUCAAAGCGCAAUCGCUCGUUCAACGCGGAGUUAUCAACGCAUAUGGACCUACGGAGAACGCGAUGCUCAGUACGAUCUACAAGGUUCGCGACGUUGAGACAUUCGUUAACGGUGUACCUAUCGGCAAGCCCGUCAGUAACUCAGGAGCUUAUGUGAUGGACUCCAAGCAGCAGCUUGUCCCAACCGGCGUGGUUGGUGAGCUGGUCGUGACUGGUGAUGGUGUAGCUCGAGGAUACAUAGAUGCGGCUCUAAAUGUCAACCGCUUUGUGGACGUCAAGAUUGAAGGCCAGCUGGUUAAGGCCUACCGCACUGGAGAUAAAGUGCGCUACCGACCACAGGAUGGGGAGAUCGAGUUCUUCGGCCGUAUAGAUCAUCAAGUUAAGAUCCGUGGUCACCGAGUUGAGCUUCCAGAGAUUGAGCACGCGAUCCUGAACCAUGCCGCCAUUCUUGACGCAGCCGUUGUUCUCCGAGGACAAGGCGCCGAGCAGGAGGUAUUCGCAUUUGCCGUAGCCAAUGCCGACUACCUAGCGAACAUGUCUCUCCCCGAUUCAGAAACAGUGAACAACAGUUCUGUAGCGCAACUAGAAAAAGAUGUCUACAACCAACUGAAGACAGUCCUGCCCGGUUACAUGGUCCCAGAACGAGUUGUUAUCCUGGAGCGAAUGCCAAUCAAUGAAAAUGGAAAAGUCGACCGGAAAGAGCUUGCUCAGAGAGCUCUGUCUGCACCGAAAACGGCGCCAGCCACUAUGCGCGUCGCUCCUCGCGAUGAGAUGGAGAAGGCGCUCUGCGAAGAGUUUGCCAACGUCCUCGGACUUGAGCCUUAG